AUGGCGCUUCCAACCAAGUACCAGAAUGGCAACAUCGACUCCUCCGCCAAGGGAGUGUAUAGAGCAUCACCCGUCAAGCUUAUGAUAUAUGGAAACGGUACAAGCAAGCAGCUCUCAGACGUCAUUGCCGAGCUCGGUGCAACCAAGGCUUUCAUCAUCACUGGUCGGUCACUCUACGAGAAGACGCCUGUGAUCAAGAACAUUGAAAAGACACUUGGCUCUGCUCAUGGUGGUACCUUUAGCAAGAUUGGACAGCAUGCGCCGAUUCAGGACAUUAGAGAAGCAACAGCCUUGAUGUCGAAAUCAGGAUGCGAUGUACUCAUCUCAAUAGGUGGCGGUUCACCAAUCGAUUCAGCAAAGGCAAUUGCAUACAACAUUCACGAAGAAACGGGAAAGUGGAUACCCAGCAUUGCUGUACCAACAACGCUCAGCGUAGCUGAGACUACACAAAACGCCGGCUUCACGACAGAAGAGAAGCACAAGAUUGCCGUCAGUCAUCCUGAACUUGUGCCAAAGGCUGUUGUCUACGAUGGUGAGCUUGCUCUAUACACACCCAUGAAUCUAUGGAUAAGCACAGGCAUUCGAUCGCUGGAUCAUGCAGUCGAGCUCAUGUACCACCCUCUUGCCGCUGAGAUUCCGACAAAACGAAUGUCUUUGGAAGCCAUCAAGGACCUGUUCACAUUUCUUCCGCAAUCGAAAUCAAAUCCCGACGAUGCUGAGAUCCGCACGAAGCUCUUCCUCGCUUGCUACUCCUCGCUUUUCCCCUUUCUCUACACUGGCGGCGUUGGCCUAAGCCACAGCAUCGGCCAUGCGAUAGGCGCCACGUACAGCAUUCCCCACGGUAUCACGAGCUGCCUCAGUCUCGCGCCGACAGUACACUUCAAGGCAAGCAACCCCGAAGAAGCAAAGCAGAUUGCCAGGAUCAUCCCCUAUAUCGGAAAGCAAGGAACCGGGAGCGACGAGAAGGACUCGCAUAUAGUAGCCGAUGCCAUCGCAGGACUGGUUGAGGAGCUUGGACACAAGACCACAUUGACUGCUUACAACGUGCCGACUGGCGAUGCCGAAGAAGAAGCCAUCGCAUCACGCGCACUACAUAGCAAGGACCACAAGGAUUUUGCCAGCUUGAAGCAAAUUGUCCACGCCUUGUACUGA